AUGUUCUUACUUAAUCAAUCAUCGAGUACAGGUGUUACAGUAGCGUCAAAUGUCACAUUUCCUUCCAAUGUCUAUGUCGACGAUGACGGAAAUUCUGAGCCGACUGUCUAUGUGGCACUUUAUAAAUCAGAUCGCGUCAAUCAAUGGGUUAAUGGAUCAAAGGAAGCUGUACAAGUGGGUGGUGAAUGCCGCUCAUGCACAGGGAUAGCAGUAGACAACGAGAAAAAUGUCUAUAUGUCAGAACCGACUAGACAUCGAGUGCUUAAAUGGUCACGUCGGACAAAUACUACAACAAUUAUUGCCGGUCAAACAGAUCAAUCGGGAUCGAUGAGUAACCAACUCCGUAGGCCUCAAGGUAUUCAUAUUGAUAGAACCCAUGGGACACUAUAUGUGGCUGAUUCAGAUAAUAAUCGCGUGCAAAAAUGGUUAAAAGAUGCACAAGAUGGCGUUACUCGAGCAGGAUCAAGUUUGGGUGUUGCAGGCAACGAUUCGGCAUCAUUCUCCGAUCCAAUUAGUGUUACAGUUGAUGAAGUAACUUAUAUCUUAUAUGUAGCUGAUUUUAAUAAUAGACGAAUUCAACGUUGGCUACCGAAUGCAACUGAAGGCGAAACUAUUGCACAAGGAUCAAGUAUGUUCUCUGCUUCAAAAAGUUUAAUUGGAGUAUUUUCAAAGGAAAAUUAA